CCCUUGUGAUCCUUCUCCGAAUCUACUCAACCGGGUCACGGAAGGUUCGAAUCGGAGCUCCGAGAAAUAAGACCCGCCGCCGCGGUUUCUAUUUUUUUUUGGGAAUUGGAUCGCCCAGCACCCCCCCUUCUAGAAAGUUACUAGGCUUAUUGCCUGCUUCUAGAUAGCUUGUAAUCUUAUCCGAAGGUAGCUAGCAUCAUGGGAGAGGUGGCAGUAAUGCACUCUGAGCCACUGCAGUUUGAGUGCAAUGACAUGAACCAUAUUACUGAGAAAGAUGUUUGUAAUCAACAAUCAAAUGAAGAGGACAGAGAGAUCAAUGACUUGAGGGACAGAGGAUAUAUGGAACAUGGAUGUCAACAUUACCGGAGGAGAUGUCGAAUUAGGGCCCCCUGUUGCAAUGAGAUAUUUGAUUGUCGCCAUUGUCACAAUGAGGCAAAAAAUGAUAUCAACAUUGAUCAGAAGUAUAGACACGACAUUCCCCGCCAUCAAGUCAAACAGGUGAUAUGUUCACUUUGUCGGACAGAACAAGAGGUUCAGCAGAACUGUAUCAACUGUGGUGUUUGCAUGGGCAAGUACUUCUGUGCGACAUGUAAACUCUUUGAUGAUGAUGUGUCUAAGCAGCAGUACCAUUGCAGUGGCUGCGGAAUUUGCAGGACUGGAGGCAGCGAAAAUUUCUUCCACUGCUACAAGUGUGGUUGUUGUUACUCAACUCAGCUGAAAGAGAGUCACCUUUGUGUGGAAGGGGCGAUGCAUCACAACUGCCCCGUUUGUUUUGAGUAUUUGUUUGAAUCUGUGAAUGAUGUCACUGUUAUGCUCUGUGGACACACAAUCCAUAAAAGCUGCCUGAACGAAAUGAGGGAGCAUUUCCAGUACGCGUGUCCUCUGUGCUCUAAAUCAGUUUGUGACAUGUCAAAGGUUUGGGAGAAAUUGGACUUGGAGAUUGCUGCUACACCAAUGCCUGAACCAUACCUGAAUAAAAUGGUUUGGAUCCUUUGCAAUGAUUGUGGCAAAACUUCUCAAGUCCGGUUCCAUCUUGUUGCUCAAAAGUGCAUGAACUGCAAAUCCUACAACACACGCCAAACAAGAGGCUGAGAAAGUGGCUAUGAUGUCAUUUAUUGGUUUUUCAUUAAAACCUUCAUUCACUUCAUUCCUGUGAAGGCAGUGGCAACCCAAAGUGUAUCCUUCAUUGAGCAAGGAAAAUGCAUAAGUGGGAAUUUCAACCAUAGUUGUCACUCAUUAUUUUAGUGGCUUUUGAUUGGGGUGACUGUUUUUACCCCUAGUGUUCACUUUAUUUGGAAUAAUGUGAACUUCUAAUAAAUGAGCUUUGUUGCCUUGAA